AUGAGUCACUUGCAAAACUUACUGUUAGAUACCCUACUGGGGACGAAGCAUGUGGACAGUGCAGCCCUCAUCAAACUCCAAGAAAAGACCCUAUGUGUGACAUCACCAGGAUUUAGUAUAAUGCCAAGUGAUGUUCGAACACUUUUGAAUGGAUUUGCCAAAAACCCAUUAUUAACCCGAAGGGAAGGGUUGUAUUUCAGGGAAAAGGAUUACAAAUGUGUCCGGGCAGAUGACUGUUCUCUCUAUGCUAAGAAUGAGAACACUGGUGUGGUGGUAGUGAAGACCCACAUGUAUCUUGUGGUGGCAACUUACACUGCAGGCAUGUAUCCUAGCGUCUGUGUGGAAGCCACAGAGAAGCUGGGAGAGUAUCUAAGAAAAAAAGGAAACUAA